UCCCAGUACCGAGCACGCGAAGAAGAAGGAGGAGCUAGCUAGGAGGCAAAUUGUUUGUUACUCACGAAGUUCAAGUUCUCAAGUGUUUGUAGGAUUUUUCAGCCAGACAGUUCACUUUAAAUUUCUGACAGACAGUUUACGCACAUAGCUUGUAUAAAAUUUGAACCUUUCAAAUGAACGUGUUUUAUAUAUCGAAGAAGUCGCCCAACUGUUUAUCAAAACAAAGUAGUUAGCCAGGGUGCUAACAGAUGUUAGCAAGGGGAGUUCUUUGUUUUAUUUUUUAGGUGGAGGGCCGCGAGACCAUGACGCAAAGUUAGUGUAGACACUCGUGAGCAUUUAUGAUGUCUUUCCGAUUUUAAACGAACGGUGUCAGUUCCGUAUUUUAGUGACAAAGUUAAGUAGGGACGGUCGGUUGACUAAAUUUAGCAAACGAGAGCAACUUUAGCUGCAGUUUUGGUCUGCUUUGCUACAUCGGUCAGGACGAGACUGGAGGUGAAGACAAUGGGCAACUGUCUGAAGUCUCACACCUCGGAUGAUAUUUCUCUGCUGCACGAUUCCCAGUCCGACCGGGCGAGUUUCGGUGACGGAGUGGAUCCGGACCUGGAGCCCCCUCCACCUUACCAGGAGCAGGCGCACAUGCCUACAUACCACCCUACGCCCAGUCAAGCUCGUCUGGCGACCCAGCUCACAGAGGAGGAGCAGAUCCGCAUAGCUCAGCGCAUCGGCCUCAUCCAGCACCUCCCUAAGGGGGUUUAUGAUGGAGGGCAAGACGGCUCUGAGAAGAAAAUAAGAGAAUGCGUGAUUUGUAUGCUGGACUUUGUUUACGGGGACCCCAUCAGAUUCCUGCCGUGUAUGCACAUCUACCACAUGGACUGUAUAGACGACUGGCUGAUGAGGUCCUUUACUUGCCCCUCCUGCAUGGAGCCCGUGGAUGCUGCCCUUCUUUCCACCUAUGAGACCAACUGAUUGAUACCCCCCCCCCCCCCCCCAGUUCCACAUAACUUGGAUCAAACAAUCACCCAAGCUGAAGAAGAAUUGGGGGAGGAGAGCGGAAAAAUGUCUUUCAGUUUGAAUAUUUCAAAGCUCAAUCACUCAUUCUUUGUUUUUUCUUUAAUCGGGCUUUUCUUAAAAAAACACGGACAGAUGUGCACGAUUGCGUGUUUGUCGUGCUGAGUUGGUGUGACCAGAACCUGUGAGCAUGUUGGAUUUGUCUGAACGGGUUGCGUUUCCGCUUGAGCUGGUUCUCAGUGGGAUUUCUCCAAAGCUUAAUUCCACCUGAUCGUGAAAACAGACUUAAGCAGGCCAUUAGUUUAACAUGUCGAAACGGCCAUACCUGAAAGGGAUCCAUAGGAUUUUGAUUCAAUUUUACUACGUACGCAUUUAGCACAGCUUUUGAAACAUUGAUCCGCUAAUCAUGCCUCGACUUCAAAAUAGCCCUAUUCAUUAGUAGGAAUGCAAGGCUCGUGGUUCGAAUCCUUUGAGCUUUUCUGUUCAUUUGAGCAGGAUUACGCAAAUAUUACAGUCUACAUAAUUUGCCUAUAGCGUGUAAUUAUGUAGCAUCAUGGCUGUCACAGCAACGAUGUAUUCAGCCCGGUUUUUUUUGUGUUUUUUUUAGUAGAAGGGAAAAAGUUACAUAACUGUUUCAUGUAGAUGAUCUGAUAAAGGGCUCAUUUGUGCAUGGGCAGGUUGGUCCGUCAGACAUUAAACAUGCUUGCACAACUCUUCUACAGAUACAAUUGCACUUUACUUAGAGGACAUUAUGUAAAGCACUAUAUUAAUAUAUAUAUAUUUACCCUAUAACCUUGCACUAUAAAGAUUUAAUUCGUUUUUUUUUCUCCUGAGAUGCAAACGUUACUUUGUUGUUGGAGUGUUUUCCAAACCCGUAGUCACUGAUCACUUUGCAGUUGGCUUGAUGAUGCGUUAUCUAAAGUUUGUGAUCCUGUGUGUGUGACAUUUGUUUUGAAUGUUUGAUUUUUAGAUUCUUCCAGGUGAAGGGAAAGAGGCUUGCUCAGCAUUAUGCCUGAGCGCUUUGAUGCCAGGAGGUCUCUGAAGCAAAUAUAUUAAAAGUGUCUCUUCAGUGGAAUAGGAAGUACAAAAAUGUAGCAGCACACAAACAGGCGCCUGUUUGACAAGAAAAA